UAGAAAUACACAUCAAGUUAAAUCUUCAUUUUAGUUUGUUUUUCUUCAUAGGAUUACCAUUUUCCGGUCAUUCCUAGGUUUGAUUAACUCGAGGUUUAUAGAUCUAUUGAUUAAUGGUUUCAAUGGAAGAAGAUAACCAUGAAAGCCCCACUAAGCUUAAUAAGUAUGCAACUGCCUGUGCUUUGAUUGCUUCUAUGAUCUCCAUCAUCUUUGGUUAUGAUACUGGUGUGAUGAGUGGUGCUUUACCACUAAUCCAAGAGGAUCUCCAAAUCAACGACACCAAGCAAGAAAUGGCUGCCGGAGUCCUCAAUCUCUGCGCACUUGUCGGUUCUCUCCUCGCCGGUCGGACAUCAGACUAUAUGGGUCGCCGCUAUACAAUCGUACUAGCGGCCUCCUUAUUCUUCAUCGGCUCAAUCGUGAUGGGUUAUAGUCCAUCUUAUGCUGUACUCAUGACAGGACGCUGCAUCGCCGGUGUCGGCGUCGGAUUCGCACUCAUGAUCGCUCCGGUUUACUCUGCAGAGAUCUCUGCCGCCUCUUCAAGAGGACUCCUCUCGUCCCUCCCCGAACUCGGGAUCGCCAUCGGCAUCCUUUUCGGCUACCUCUCUAACUACACUCUAGCAAAAUUACCCCUUCACCUAAGCUGGCGCAUUAUGCUCGGGAUUGCAGCGAUUCCAUCCUCUGUUCUUGCGUUCGUCGUUUUAAAGAUGCCUGAAUCCCCACGUUGGCUGAUUAUGCAAGGAAGAAUCGGUGAUGCCAAGAGGAUAUUACAAUUGGUUUCAAAUACUAAAGAAGAAGCCGAAAACAGACUCAGAGAUAUCAAAGCCGCGGCCGGGAUUGACAAUAGCGUUGAAGAUGAAAUCGUAAAGGUAGAAAAACAGAGCCACGGUGAAGGCGUUUUGAAGGAAUUAAUCUUCCACCCAACCCCUACCGUGCGUUGGAUGCUAAUCGCAGCGAUUGGAAUACAUUUCUUUGAACAUGCGACUGGUAUCGAAGCUGUUAUUCUCUACAGUCCAAAAAUUUUCAAAAAAGCAGGGGUUCAUAACAAGUCAAAGCUCCGGUUAGUAACAGUAGGCGUUGGUGUGACGAAAGCAGCUUGCGUUCUAAUCGCGACGAUGAUCCUUGACAAGAUCGGAAGACGAAAGCUGGUUCUAAUAAGCGUUACAGGAAUGAUCGCUGCGUUGGCAUGUCUUGGAUCGUUCUUGACGUUUAUAAACAAUAGAGCUGAGAGUCCUUUAUGGGCCCUGGUUUGUAGCAUUGCGUCCACGUAUUCAUACGUGGCAUUCUUUAACAUAGGACUUGCUCCGGUGACAUGGGUUUACAGUUCGGAGAUAUUCCCGUCGCGAUUGAGGGCUCAGGGACAUAGUAUUGGAGUUGCGGUGAACAGGUUGAUGAACGCGGCGGUUUCGAUGAGCUUUUUGUCGAUUGUAAACGCGAUUACGAUUGGGGGAGCGUUCUUCAUGUUUUGUGGGAUGUCGGUGUUGGCUUUGAUCUUCUUUUACUUCUUCUUGCCGGAGACGAAAGGGAAGACUCUUGAAGAAAUGGAGGAUGUUUUUAGCAGGAAGAAGAAGAUGAAGAACAGAGCAGAAGUUGAUUUGAAAAACAUGGGUGACGUGUAA